GAAAGAGGCGAGAUGAGACUUUCAAACGUUCUGCUCGUGUUGACUGCGGCGGCAGCAAACGCCCAGCGACCAGCCGAUGUGUCAAUGUGUGACUAUUACACCAAGACUCUUCUUGCUAAGGACAACACACCAGAGAAUCAGCUUCUCCUCGUCACUCUUCUUGUCAAUACUGUGAUUCUUGGAAAUUAUACAACCCCCAAUGUUGGCAUCGCAGUGCCCGGUCUCCUCGCGCCAGCCGUAGUCAAUGGCGAGAAUGUCAAUCUUCUCCCAUACUUUAGCGGCGAGUACUCCACGACGAACACAGGAGACUGCCAGGGAGCGACCGUCAACUUCCUCGACGGCGGCGGCCCGGCGCCUCUCUUACAAAAUAAGCCUGCCGACGACGAGACUUCAAGACAAUACUUCCUCGUCACUCACCUCUACCAGUACUUUGGCGCCCUCCUCGGCUGCUCCUUUCAAGGAUAUCCCGCCUUCCCUGCCUACGCCGGCGCAGCAUCCAUGUACCAAGUCCACAAGUUCAUGGAACUCAGCUACGCGCAGAACAAAUACUUCAUCGACCAGCACGUCGUCGCUGCCGAAUCACUGGGAUUUUCCUCUGCCGAUAGCAAAAUCUUCAGCGACAACCUCUACAGCAUCUUCGCGGUUCGCUGCGGUGGACCUACGUCGAUAAUCAAGGCUCAGGGGGCGCAGCUGCAGUCGACUUGUUUGACAGACGAUUGCCCUGUCGCAGACGACUCUGAGUGCAAUCUCUACCCAGCAAACGUGGCAUCGUCUGGAAACAAUGUAACAGCAGCCCCGUCUCAGAGGAGCGUCAAGUGCAACGCAGAGGAUUGUCGCAAGCACUUGGAGCUAUGAAAGACAGAUUAAGAAGUAUUUUGUGGUUUUGGUUGUAAUUGCCAUGUCUUGGUUUCAGAUGGGAGUUUUCACUUUUACUUAAAGUCAUUGUAUUAGUCGAUUUACGUGUAGACAAAGCAAUUUGUUAGCGUUC